AUGAAGACGACAUUGUGCCUGAUGCUGACACUGACAACAGUUGCCGCUUUCGGUAGCUUUCAGUCGCUUAUCCCCAACGGAGCCAAAGUUCCCGAUCCUUGUUCUACUACAGGAGGCCUAUGGUCCGGAGUCGGCCAUCUCGUUCCAGGUGGAGGAGGUCUUAGAAAUCCCUUUGGAAGUGACUUUCAGCUAGCUGGCCAUGCAUGGAAUGAGAUUCUAUGCAAGAAGGACUCCGACGGAGACGGUAAAACUAACGGGGAAGAGCUGGGAGACCCGGAGUGCGGAUGGUCAACUACUAACGGAGCUUCUUUGGAAACACCCACCGGCCAGCCAGGCAUCUGUGAACCAAUAGGAAGUCCAACAUGUGCUUCUCAGAACUUCGCAUGUCCGACAGUCGUUUAG